GCCCAGCUAGUUGAGCAGGUAGAGCAGGUUUCGGUACCUACAGUCACACUGAAGGAAGGAGCUGACGGAUACACGCGUGCACGAUUGGAGAGACACCCGGAAUGAUCGUCAAGUGAUUAGCGGCAGUCUCUACCAGUCGGCCCCUCGUUGAUUAAAUCGUUCCUCAGUCUUAACCAAAAUGAAGCUCUUGGUCGUUUUACUCGGCUUGAGUGUGGCUGUGAUGGGUGUAAUGAUUUUCCAGACUGUGCGCCAGGAGUUUAACCUGCGUACCAUGAAAACCCGCACGGCGGAGAACACGGCAGAGGUCAGCAGGAAAGAGGGCUCCAUAGUCCAUCUGAAAAACAAAAUCAAGGAUCUGAAGGCAGCGAUGUCGUCCGUCAACGCCAAGAUGGAAGAGCUGAGGAAGAAGAAAGCAGACACAGAAAAAUCAACACAAGACCUUGAUAAGACUCUAAAGACCUGCAACACAGAAAAGGCUGAUUUUGAGAAGAAGAAGGCAGAUAUGGCAGCAACCAUCGCUAAAUUCAAAGCUGAUCACGAAGACCUCAAGAAGAAGGCCGAGGAGGACAUUAAGAACUUGAAACAACAGAUUUUGGAUAGAGACAAAGCCAUUUGUGCAUAUGCGGAUACAACCAAGGCGGAAGCACGGAAGCUGUGUGGACUUCCUGACGCUCCACAAUGAAGUCGACUCAGAAACACUGACUGUGAACUUAAAAAUGAAGCAUGCUGUGCAUCCAAGGAUACGUUUUGUAAUAUUACUGAUGUGGUAACAGCUCUGCUUGGUUCUUUAUGAGAAAGUAAAAACUGUUGAUUUAAAAAAAAAAAAAAACUCGGCUGUUUGCAGAUCCAUUCAAACAGCACAGAUGUAGGGAGUGGAGUAAAUAUGUUGCACACAGUUUUACACAAUUUUGUUGUGUGAUUGUGUCACUUGGGUAAUUUAAGACUGCCUUUUUGUAUCUGUAAAAUACUUUGACACAUAUUUUUUAUUGUUCUGAUGAUGGACUUCACAAGUAGAUUAACUUGGCUGUCAUGUGGAGUCGUUACCUCAACAGUAGCUCUCCUCCUCAGCCUGCCUGAGGCAUAUGUUUUGGUUUCCAUGCCCCCUGAUGAAACCUGAAUGACUAGCAGAAACCAGAAAAGGACGUGGUCAUCAGUUUAAUUUCUGAGGUCUUUUGUGUGGAAUCAUCUGUUAACCAAAUAAACCAGUUUCAUUGGAACAAUAAACUAAUGCUUCAUUAAAAUAUCAUAUGUUAUGUUACAUGAUGGAAUGAAGGGUGGCAUCAGUGACUUGAAAAGAGUUUAAUAAAUCACUCACUGAGAAUAAAUCUUCACUGAUGCGCAGAUAAAUGUAACAUAUUUCUAAACAUUAUCGCAAUUAUUAAAGGUAUCUGGUUAUUA